AUGCAACGUCGCCAGUUCAGACAGAGUGAUGGCGAGGACCACAUUGAAUUCAAGGACAAGUCUAAAAAGGCAAAGACAAAUCGAGAUUUAGAUGUUGAGGGCAGUAUGCACACCCGUGGUUCCAUUCCUAUGUCGGAGCAUAAGAAAAGACUGUCCAAGCAAUUUGGUCGCCCAUCCAUACAGAUUGAGUUGUUUCUCGCAAUACACAGAAAGAGAGACAGUUCGGGAUUUGUUGAUAGGAGGCUAACUUCCAAACACGACAACAUGAGGCAUUAUCACAGGCAUCGACAUUUGGCCAAUCAGAAGAUAAUGACAUUGUCUUGCCCUCGCAAUCAGUUAUUGACGAGAGAUCAAUAUGGUUGGAGGUUGCGGGCGACAAGAAAAAAGGGUUGCAUCUAUGGGAUGGGAUUAGAAGCCUAUGUCAUCCCUGGUUCCUACUACCUAUCAUCGCCACUGCCACCGUCAUCGUCGUCGAGCUCACUGGCAAAGCAGAUUCAAGAAGCCGUUAUGACAGCUAUUGAACCCUUUCACGAUCACCUACCAGCCCUUGAAAGUAGCUUUCCUCCUUCUCCGCCGUCUUCAUCAUCACCGCCCCCGUAUACUUCUGAUCAUUAA